CUCCCACUCACCAUGUCCUCCAUCAAGCUGGAUUCGUUCUCCCCCGCCGAGGUGGUCGAGCUCAUUGCCCGCACCGGCGCCAGCAAGGGCCACAUGCGCCUGGACAAGGUCUUCUUCAGCGCCGUAUCGGCGGGCUCUCUGCUCGCCUUCGCCUGCGGAACCUCCUUGAGCACCAAUUCCUCGCCGUGGUUCACGGAGAAUGCGCCGGGGUUGCUCCGCACCAUCAGCGCCUUGGUCUUUCCCUACGGUCUGUGCAUGAUCAUCCUAACCGGGGCUGACCUCUGCACCGGUUCUUUCAUGCUCACAACGGUCGCCGCCCUCCAACGCCAACUCCCCUGGUGGAAAAUGCUCCUGCACUGGUUCGUCACCUUCUGGGGCAACCUGUGCGGUUCUCUCUUCGUCGUCGCCAUCAUCUUCGGCUACGGAGGCAUCUUCACCGCCGACCCCUACAAAUCCGAGGCCAUCGACUACGCCACCAAGAAGCAGCUCACCCCGUCCUUCCACGAGAUCCUCCUCCGCGGCAUCGGCUGCAACUGGCUCGUCUCCCUCGCCUGUUUCUUCGGGUUGCAGGGCCGCGACCUCGCGUCCAAGGUCAUCGGCAUCUGGUGGCCGAUCUUCGCCUUCGUGUCCAUGGGCUUCGACCACGUCGUCGCGAACAUGACCUUCAUCCCGCUGGGGAUCUGGUUGGAUGCCCCGGGCCUCUCGGUGGGGCUGUAUAUCUGGAAGGGGAUCAUCCCCACCUUGAUUGGGAAUAUACUCGGCGGUGGAUUUUUCGCUGGGACUUAUUACUGGUAUAUGUAUCUUGUCGAUGGGGGCAGUGUGUCGUUGGCGGGGCUGAGGAGGCGGCAGUACGGCGGGGAGGUGGGGUCCGGGGGGUCCAGUCCGGGAGAAGCGGAGAUGGUUGAUGUUGAGGCUGCUGCUGCGGUGGGGGAUGUGAAGAGGGCUUGA